GCCUUUCUCACUUUUCCAUCUCCUGUUGUCAUCGUAAGGUUUUAAAGUACUGAGAUCUUUGCAGCAAACUCUGCCUCAGUUUGGGGUAGUCCUGGGCUAUAGUAUCCCAUGAGUUGAUGUGCCAUUUUUUCAAGCUGGCCUUGAAGACAUCCUUGAAACAUUUUCUCUGCCCUCCUCUUGAUUGUAUGCCUUGACAGCUGGGAAAAUAAAACUUUCUUUGGGAGUCUGGGGUUAGACAUUUGGAUGAUGUGGCUGGCUCAGCAAAGCUGAUGUUGGAUGACAUUACCUCAACGCUUGUGGUGGUCGCUUGUGAGAAAAUGCUAAUGUUGGUGCCUGUUUUCCCAGUGGAUUGAUGGUACUUCUCCAGCAGCUUGAAACAUCUGUACGUUGUCCACAUCUCAGCUUCGUACAGUAAGAUGGAGAUCACGAUGGCUUGAUAAGCCUCGAGCUUAGUUUCGGAUCUGAUGUCGCAAUCUUCGAACACCUGUUUCCUUAGGCAUCCAAAGGUUGCACUUGCACACUUGAAAUGAUGUUGGAUUUUUUUUGUCAGUUAGCCUUCUGCAAGAGAUGGCUUCUAAGGUAUGGGAAAUACUUAAUGUUCUCCAAAGUAUUACCAUAAAUCUGAAUUACUGGAGCUAGGGACUCAUUAAGAGCAUGUUGAUGGCAGACUUUAGUGAAUGUUUAGUCCCAUUUUUUUGUGAGCCUCAAUAAAGACGUCAGGGGUUGCCUGAAGGUCUGCUUCCAAGUGAGUGCACACUACAGCAUCAUCAGCAUACUGGAGCUCAGUGAUUGAGGUUGGAAUGGUCUUGGUUUUGACUGGGAGUCAGCUGAGAUUAAACAGUUUAACAUCCAUUCUGUAGUUUUGCUCCACUCUGACUGGAAGUUUAUUGGUGGUCAGAUGUAGCCUUGCAGCCUUGCUUAACUCUCAUCUUAACCUCGAAGGGAUCUGUGGUAGAUACAUUAUUAAGAAAUAAUACAUAUGUGCUAGGACAGCCACAAAUGUACUGUCAUGUGUACCUUUCCAGUGUACCCCUUACCUCAAAAAUCUUGUCCCAGACAGUAGGAGAAAUAGAAUAUGAAUGAUUUCAGACUACAUGCGUGUUUUGAAUCAGUUCCAUGUCUGCCUAACAGGAAAUAGAUUGUGCAGGUUUCAAGUUUGAUUUAGAGGUGGAGGGUAGCUUAGGGGGAAGCUUAGGUGAGCGAAACAUUAGCUGCAUGUAACUUCAACGCACAGCAGUAUUAAAAUGGAUGGUCUACUUUUAAUUUUUAAAUUGCUUAGUGUGACUUCUAUGCCAGUGUGUCAAGCAGCCCUAGGUGUUAUGAUGUCUCCUAUGCGCAUUUGCUAGUAUUAUGAACCAGCUGCUCAGUAAUUAGUAGUUUUCUGUGUGCUUAGAAAUGAAUGGAAUCCCAGGUUUUGGGAUAUGUCAGAUAGUUGGAGUCUUGCCCUGUUAAGGGUGAAGAUAGUUUAAAUGCCCUUUUCACUUCUUGAAAAACUAGAGGGCUAGCUUAAAAAUGGUAAUACAGGCACUCCUCACUUAACGGAGUUCCGUUCCUGCGACUAGGUCGUUAAGCGAAUUGGUCAGUAAGCAAGGAGCCGCCCCUUGAUACUGCGUGCCUUGGCUUGAGACGCUGCGCUGCCGUUUCCACAAUACGUUUCAUAUAAUACCGACUGCUCGGAGAGCUGGUUGUAAGUCCGCGCGGUCGUUAAACAGAAGUGGAUGUUAAGUAGCCACUAAACGUGUAUAGGCUGCUCCUUGAUAGAACUGAUAGACGCCUGUCAGGAUGUUUCUGCGCUUGCUGUCAGAUGGGCGGUGGUGGACAGCCAGCUCAAGGUGGAGAAAUAUGGCCAGCUCUCGGAACAGUGCCACAAUUGCAACAGAGCCUCACUUGAUCUCCCUGCCAGCACAGGCACAAGUGGUAGUCUGUGGCGGUGGAAUCAUGGGCACAUCAGUGGCAUAUCACCUUGCCAAGUUAGGCUGGAAGGACAUAGUCUUACUGGAGCAAGGCAGGCUGGCUGCUGGUACCACUCGUUUUUGUGCUGGCAUUGUGAGCACUGCCAGGCAUGUGUCCAUAGAGCUUAAGAUGGCUGACUAUUCAAGCAAGUUGUAUCAGCAAUUAGAACAAGAGACAGGAAUAAAAACAGGGUAUAUGAAGACCAGCUCUAUUUCACUGGCUCAGACUCAGGACCGACUGAUCUCCCUGAAACGCAUUGCUUCAACACACAAGGUAAUGGGGAUACCUUGUGAAAUCAUCACCCCAAAGCAAGUGGCACAACUACACCCACUAAUUAACAUUCACGACCUUGUGGGGGCUUUAUAUAUGCCAGAGGAUGCAGUUGUAUCAUCUGCCGAUGUGAGCCUUGCUCUGGCAAAUGCUGCCUCUCGGAAUGGUGUUCAGAUCCAUGACAGGACAAGCAUCAGUCAUGUCUUGGUCCAGAAGGGACAUGUGACUGGAGUUGAGACUGACAGAGGGCAGAUUCAAUGCGAGUAUUUUGUCAACUGCGCUGGCCAGUGGGCCUAUGAGCUGGGUCUUUCCAGUGAGGAACCAGUCAGUAUCCCACUGCAUGCCUGUGAACAUUUUUACCUCCUGACGCAUCCCUUGAAGAAACCUCUAGAGAGCAGCACACCAACCAUUGUGGACUUAGAUGGUAGGAUCUACAUUCGCAAUUGGCAAGGUGGCAUCCUCUCUGGGGGCUUUGAGAAGAACCCCAAGCCCAUCUUUACUGAGGGCCGGAACCAGUUGGAGAUUCAGAACCUGCAUGAAGACUGGGAUCACUUUGAGCCACUGCUGAGUGCCCUUCUCCGUAGAAUGCCAGGCUUGGAGGCUCUGGAAAUAAUGCAAUUAGUGAAUUGCCCAGAAUCCUUCACACCAGACAUGCGGUGCAUCAUGGGAGAGUCGCCCACUGUACAAGGCUAUUUUGUCCUGGCUGGGAUGAAUUCUGCUGGAAUCUCUUAUGGUGGGGGAGCAGGCAAAUAUUUGGCUGAGUGGAUGGUAAAUGGGUAUCCGUCAGAAAAUGUGUGGCCCCUAGACCUAAAGCGUUUUGGUGCCCUUCAGAGCAGUCGCACCUUCCUCCGUCACCGUGUCAUGGAAGUUAUGCCCCUCAUCUGUGAUUUGAAGGUUCCCCGUUGGGAUUUCCAGACUGGCAGGCAGCUACGUACAUCCCCUCUGUAUGAUCGCCUGGAUGCUCAGGGAGCUAGAUGGAUGGAAAAACAUGGAUUUGAGAGACCGAAGUAUUUUGUCCCGCCUGGGAAAGAUCUACUGGCUUUGGAUCAGAGCAAGACCUUUUACAAGCCAGAUUGGUUUGAUAUUGUGGGCUCUGAGGUCAAGUGCAGCAAAGAGGCUGUCUGUGUCAUUGACAUGUCAUCUUUUACCAAGUUUGAAAUAAGUUCCACAGGGGGUCAGGCGCUGGAGGUUCUUCAGUACCUUUUCUCGAAUGACCUGGAUGUUCCAGUUGGACAUAUCGUGCACACAGGCAUGCUAAAUGAGAAAGGAGGUUAUGAGAAUGACUGCAGUAUUGUACGCUUAAACAAACGCAGCUUCUUCAUGAUUUCCCCUACUGACCAGCAAGUACAUUGCUGGACGUGGCUGAAGAAGCACAUGCCCAGUGACAGUAAUCUGUUGCUGGAGGAUGUAACCUGGAAGUACACUGCUCUCAAUCUCAUUGGCCCUCGGGCUGUGGAUGUCCUGUCUGAAUUGUCCUAUGUCCCAAUGACUCCAGAACACUUCCCCUCUCUCUUUUGCAAGGAGAUGAGUGUGGGAUAUGCUAAUGGUAUCCGUGUGAUGAGCAUGACGCACACAGGGGAACCUGGAUUCAUGUUAUACAUCCCUAUAGAGUAUGCGCUGCAUGUGUACAAUGAGGUGAUGAGCGUGGGACAGAAGUAUGGCAUCCGGAAUGCUGGCUAUUACGCACUCCGCAGCUUACGCAUCGAAAAGUUCUUUGCAUUCUGGGGCCAGGAUCUGGACGCCUUCACGACUCCCAUGGAAUGUGGGCGAGAAUUCCGCGUAAAACUGGAGAAGGGGACUGACUUCAUUGGUCGGGAUGCACUGAUGCAGCAGAAGCAAAAUGGUGUGUAUAAGCGCUUCACCAUGUUCAUCCUUGAGGAUCAUGACACGGACUUGGACCUCUGGCCUUGGUGGGGGGAACCCAUUUACCGCAAUGGUUGCUAUGUAGGUAAGACUACCAGCAGUGCCUACAGUUACACUCUUGAACGUCAUGUCUGCCUGGGCUUUGUUCAGAACUUUGAUAAGAAGACUGGGGAAGGGCUAGUGGUAACACCUGACUUUAUCAAUCGUGGCGAAUAUGAGAUUGAUAUUGCUGGACAACGCUUCCAGGCUAAAGCCAAGCUCUAUCCCUUCAGCUCCCUCUUCACACAGCGACGUCGGAAGGAUGAGAUGGAACUGAGCAGCUACCAGGGAAAGUAACAACAUCUGGUUAUGUGCCUCUGAAGCUUGUCACCAUUCUCCUCUGGUUUCUGCUCCUUAUACCUUUUUACCCAUAUGGCUCUUCCUUCUUUUGUCUUUCAGGUUUUAAACCUUUUGGAAAUGUUUAAAUUUUGUAUAUUUUAUAGCUUAAGUUUUCACUUUCCCACCCCCGCAAUCUUUAAUCCUUCUUUAAUCCUUCCUUUGUCAUGCUCCUGCAUAACCCUGUGGCAGAAGCGUGGCAUUGUGUUUCAUCCAAGAGGCCAUAUGGAGUACGUCAGAAAGCUCACAGGGGAGUAAGCAACUUGAAAGGCCAUAUUCCAGUGGCCAUACUCUUUGGAUACUCUUCAAAUCCAGAAUGUCAGAUGUGUGCUGGCCUGUAAUUCUGGCUUCUUUUGUCCCCUUUGGCUGAACUCUUAUGCGACUAGACCCACAGAUUGCAGUGGAGUUGCCAAACCUUUCAUAAUGUGCACGCAGGGCCUGUCUUGGGAGUGCUUAUUAACUGCUUGGUUCCACUGAGAUCCUGCUGACAAUUCUCUUGUUUCAGAGAGGUCAGUUUACUGUUUUAAAGGGGUCAGCAAUAGAGUGAUCAGCUACCUCACUGGCAUAAAACGCAACCACAGCAUAAUGUGAGCAGCAGUGAAGUUACCAGUUUUGCUGGGUUCCAGCUGGUCCUGCCCCUCACUUGUCAUCCAUCCCGGCAGGGCUGUGGGGCCCCGGGGUCGGAUCAUCCUCUUCCCCACAAGGGAGUGACUUGAACGGUUUUGGUCAUCAGGCUACUGAAAUAACAAAAUUGGUUUUGAUAAGUUUCCCCCCACCCCCUUGGUUUGGGACACUGAAAAGGAUUGACUUUUUCUGGGCAAGUGAAGAUCAGUAUGUUUGCUCUACCAAGAGGCAGGCCUAUUUUGUUUUGUUUAUUUGGUUUUAAAAAAAAAAGUCUACCUCCAACAAAGAUAGACACCAGAUUCUUUGCUAUUCACAAUAGUGUUUUUUCUUUCUCUGGUUUUGCUCUGUGACUGCUGCAGCAUACUUCACUGAUUUAUGCAAUAAGCAUGAGUUUUUGAGAUCUCCAGUGGUUUGUGAAAUUAAAGCAAAGAAAAGGAAGGAGUCUUGCAUUUUCAGCUAGUGGGGAGGGGGUCAGCCAGCAGCAGCAUGUUGCCAGUCACUUUAAAAUUAGAGGAGGAGGACAUAAGAUUGGUCCUUGGAAUUUAUUCUUGGAGCACUGCACAGGCAAUACUCUACUUCUGACUGGAGGAAGGGUCUAUCUCCAACUUCCUCUGACCCAGGAAGAAUUGUUUCCUGUCUCUCAUCAAAUCUAUACAUUUCUGUCUGUCUUCUCAAAAUAAUAAUUCAGCUGAAAGUUGUGGGCUCAUAUGCCAGGCCCAGAGGUUUUAAAAGAAAAUGUAAUCUUCAAAUUGAUCGGCACCAGCAAAACACAGCACAGACACUCACAUGGACAUAACAGAUUCUGGAAGUGGUAUCCAAGCACUCAGAACCUAACAGGCAUGCAUUGAUUAUGAAGAACUAAGAUAGAAUGGUGAGAAAAGGGAUGAAGGAUGUUAAACUGUAUUGGGAUUCAUGAUGAAAAGAAGAGGCAGUCUAGCCUGGAGGCGGGACUUCAGUUUACUUCCUGUGAAUAUCUGUUUCCUUUCCCCAAGGAAGCCCUCUGGGCUGAACCUGUCAAAUUUUUAAAUAGCAUUUGGGUUUCCUUCAGAAUAAUAUUAUUUUAUUUAUAACACAUUUCCUUCUUUCAGGAUUCCAGAGUGUUUUUAAGCUUACUUACAGGAAUAAAUUGUCUAAAGUUUAUACUUCAGACACCUCAUGAGUAUAAUAUAAAUAAAUGUCUGUUUGACAGGUCACAGCAAAUAGUAAGGUACAAAACAGGAGUAGAAUACUGCAUCUGAUUAAUACAAUUUACGUAAUUUGACCAGUAAUAUUGGUUGUGAAGUUUGAACAUACUGGGAUUUGCUCUGUAUUUCAUCUAAAAGUUUCACAAGGUUUCUAUAGCAAAUGAUCAGAAUCUUUGUUUCACAGCCCCUCCAGUGGCAUAAUAAAUGCAUACAGAGUUUUGUUCAGAACUGCUAUAGAGGACUGUCACCUUAUGAAUCACCAGUGUUAUGUUCUGUAGAAUGCUUAACUCUCUUUGGAGGUCUCCCACUGAAAUAACACUCAGUCCUGACUUGUUUCGGUUCGAUAAUCAUACUGUUGACUGAUGAGCCAGGAUGAAGUUUUACCACUUGGCACCCUGCAAUACUCAGAGAAAAGUCUUAAAAACUUUCCUCUUAUUUAGCACAAAGACACUUUGUGUGUGGGAAUGCAUCAGCCAUUCUGUGCAAGAGGGACAGUGUAAAAUAUUGUACACAAUAAGGGAGAACUGAAUUAGCAGAGUAUAACUACCCAAGUUGGUGUUUGGUCAGAACGCCGUUCAGCUGCUUAUCUGGAGUGACAAGGCAACACUUUAACGUAACCAUAACGAAAGAGUAGUGGACGAUUGAAAACAAACUCCUAACCAAGGCUAACCUCACCUAAAUCAAUGGAAAAUUACUCUUGAAAGUCAGAAUAAAACUUCACUGGUGUAAAUUACAUCUGCUUUAGGUGUUUCCUGUCUGUAUCCAUACUGAAGUAGCUGUUUGCUUAAGUAGUGAGUGUUAUCACACCUUACUAUGUACAUCUACCCUUGGAUAGUUGCAUAUCCAUCCAUUCCGGAUCCUGAUGUACAUUAGUAUAAAAAACAGAUGUAAAUUAUGCCAGGGUAUGUGUUCAUCAUUCUGUGCCCAUGACAAAACCUGGUUCAGACUACAGCUAAAACCAGUAGCUUAGUAGUACUGUGCCCUCAUUGCUUUGCCAUGCUUUUUAAGCAAUAUUUUAAUUUUAAUCCUGUUUUUCCCCUUUCAUAAGUACAGUUCUCUGGCCCUAUAGAAUCUCUGUGGGAAAACAUUUUAAAUAAGAUAUGGCUUCCAUAGCCUCAGACAGGUCAGUAUCUAUAAACCUGUCUAUUAAAAAAAGUGACUUGUGACCUAACCCUCUUCAAGAGUUCAUUUCCACAUUGCUCCAAAUCUGCUUAAUCUGACAGUACCAGCAUAAAGGAAUAAAAUACUUUGUAAUGGUAUCCCACAAAUAUAAUUCUGUCUGGGUUGCUCUGUUCUUGCUGAGAUUGCUGAGGUUAAGUGUUAAAUUCUUACUAUUUUGAUCCUAGAAGUGAGAUAUGGUUUGGCCUGUAAUACUAGCUCUGGCUUCCUCUCUCAUUACCAAUUCUCUCCUUUCUUUACCUCCCCAACUCUUUAGAUACUGUUCAAAUCUAGUUUGGUUUUUUUCUUGAUAGAUAUUUGUCUUUUGUGCUGCUGCUGAUUAAUUUGACUUUGGCAACUUGAAUCCCAGCCAGAGAGACAGUGGAUUUUAAACUACACAACCAGGCACUGAGGUCAAAGACUGAAGUUGUGGCUUUUCCAUAAAGUUUUAAUACCCUUAAAGGGAAAUGGCAGUUUGUUUGUUUGUUUGAUUCAUAUGUAAUCAUUCUAAUCUCUGUAUUAAUAACAAAAGGUAAAUUACUAAAGGAUUUUAGAAGUUGUUUUUGGGACUUGUGCAUGAUCCAUUCCUAAAACUCUUAAUGGAAAAAUAAUCUGAAGUGUGGAAACUGCAGCAGCUUUUGCAUUUCCAACUAUUGCCUUUGGGCAGACUUAGUAUUUGUAAAUGAUUUGUUGACCCCCACUCCAGCCAGCUCUUUUCCAGAUCCCUUUAUUGGUCUGUUUCUGCAUCAAGCUUAAACUCUUUAGUUUCAAGAGUCUAGAUCGCUCUUGCCAAUACCUAUAACUCAGCCUUUAUCUUUUUCUAAACCUCCUUCCUCAUUCCCAUGAUUUUUGCUUAAUCCUUCUGGACUCCACAUCUAUUUUCAUGCUACCCAUAGUCCAUCUGGGCCCUGCAAUCUGUUACCUAUCUUGGCUUGCCUUCCAUUCGUCUGUCUGUUUAUGCUUUGCAUUAAUUACUGUGUUCUCAGGGAAUCGCAUCAUCCUUGUCCAUUUCUCCCUCCUCAACCUGUUGUCAGUUCUAGUAAACAGAUGGCAAGUUCUCUGGUCAAGGAGUACUGCUUCUGAGGUUUUUUGUAUGAAGAAUUACUUUGCAGGACACAUGCUGAAUUGUAAUGAUGAACGCAGACAGAAUUAGGACAGCGUUAUCCAGGAGACGAGAACAAGCAUGAUCUCCUGAUACCAUUUUUUUUUCCUACCAACUUGCAUUUAAAAAAAAAAAAAGAAGAGGGAAAAUCAAGCAAAAUUGGGUGUCAUGGUGGAAAUAUAUUUAUGUAAUGGAGUACUUGAAGCACCGAUUUAUAUGUUAUUGACACAUUCUAGUGAGAAGCGCCUAAUGAUAAAAGCACAAUGUCAGUAUCUUUAAACCUGUCCUUUUGUCAUGCAUUUGCUAAAUUUAAUGGCAUGGUUUUAUUUUAAUAAAAGCAAACACUCUACAAAAACAAACCAGUUUCUAUAUGAGACACAGGAAAGCUUGCAAGUACAAAAGUUUUUUCUUAUUUUUAAAAAUAAAAUUAGGAUCAUGGUGAGUACAACAAAAUAUUCAUAAAUUUGAGAUUUCUGCCAUCUCAGGUUAUUUUUCUAAUGUUUGUUAUAGCGCCUAUGGAGGCAACUAAUUUGGCUAAGCUUUAAAAGGUGUUCUGGUUUAAAUAAAUUCUCAAGACAUUGUAGGGGGAUGUACUUAGAAAAUCUUGCUUAAACAGUUGAAUAUUCAAAGCUUCACUCUUGGUGUGUUGAAGGUCCUUAGUAGGUAUAAUCCUUGCUGAUUUUUUGAUGGAAGAAAUGCAUUAAAUUAUUCUAAAUGCCUCAAUGAUUUAGGUUAGGUGCUGUAGUGAUAAACGUAAUGACUGCUGUUUACUUAAAAUCCAUGUACAGUACUUGGGGAACAGGCAGAAAUGUCAGCAGGGACUAUUAAGCAAACACUUCAGUGCAGUGAAAAUUACCAGAGUGCUAUUUGUUAAUCUCCCUUUGCUACAGAUGUGGAAUUGUGCAAAAGCGCUCACAGAAUAAAAUCAGUAGAGAAACAUCUAGCUAGCUACACAGUCCGUGUAUUUUAAGCAUUUACCUCUGCCUGUGUGCACUCAUUUCUUUCCUUUUUUCCCUGUAAGUGGAAUUAUGUGGUUAAGGAAGGUGUAACCCUUGUUUCUGGUAUUGUAAUUAAAGGAAAGCAUCUGCUGCAUAGAGCCCACCAGUGCCUCAUUACUUACCAGAGUUUAGAAAAGAAAAGAAAAUCCUUCCCCUGAAUGCUGGGGAUCAGGAAAUUCAGAAGUUAAGGUUUUUUUCAGGAGCGUAAACUUGACUGUGGAGCACUUCUGUCCACUUACACUUUCUGGCAGCUUAUGAAUAUAACUUACAGAUGUCUCGACUCAUUUGUAUUUAUGGGGCACAUCUACAUUACAUUUCUUCGCUAGGCCUGCCACCAACAAAAUAAGCCUCACCCACUCACUCCUACUUGAGAGUGCUUAAGAUAAGCAGUUCAACUAUAGAGGUGGCUCAGAGUCGCCUGAAUGUCUUCCUUUCCCCACUGCACCCCACCCUCAGCUCAGUGCCAUUCGCAGACUCUUCCAGGACUGAGAGCAAGUGUGAUGCCUCAACCCCUGUCUGCUUUUGGGAUGCUCCAGAGCUGUUCACACAAUUUAAUUGCUGCUCUUGGGUGCUUCUGAGUGAGAAUAAAUAAACCAGAGUUUAUAUUAUCAGCAGGAGAGCCUGGUUUGGAAGAAGUGUACAUAUGUGCUUAAUGUUCCACUUUAUGGCAUUACUGAUGAGUAUACUUAUACUGGAGUUGUAAUAUGAAGUAUUUAGUGUUUCUGUACUGCAGGCAUAAUAGCAACCAUCUAAGAUGGCCCAGUUUUAGGUACAAAUACCAUAGUCUCUUUACUUAUAAGAAGGUACAGUCAUCAAGGACAUAAUGACUGUGUUGGUAAGAGACACUGAAGAAAGGUAUGUAUGAUUAUUAUCAGUCAGCUUCCUGAACAAUUGAAUUUGACACUACAGCCAGCAAAUAAUUGAUCUGUGUGAUUGUGGCAGACUUGAGUAGCAGUGAUUUAGGCCAUCAUGAUGAGGCAUGAUCCUGCUUGUUGUGUAGAAGUACUGAAGCCAGAGACUGUGCCAUCUCAGUGACAUGGGUAAGAUCCUUUUUACACUGCAGUGUGUUAAAACAUAUUGGGGCCAGCAGGUUUUCCUGCCAGCGCCUAAGUCUAGCUCUUCUGAGUUCAUACCUUUUUGCUGUGUGUUGGAUUCUGCUGUUAGGAUUAUAUGUUCAUGUGAGCUUAUCUCUACCAGGUCUCAUACUGGUAGAGCUCUGGUAUUGAUUGCUGCCAUGGGUAUAGACAGCUCAAUACAAACCUUUUCAGAGGGUUACAUGCAUCUGGGUUUUCCCCAGCAUGUCCUCCUUUUUGGGUCAUCUGAUAUCUGUCCGGGUGAGUUUUUGAAAUCUGAACAAAUGUCCAGGAUUUUGCUCUGCUCCGCUGGCAGGAGUGGGCAGUGGGGAGCUGCGCAGCUGGGCUAGUGGCACUGGGGGCCAGUGCCCAUGGUCGUGGGGGCAGGGUGCUUGUGAGACUGCUUGGGAGAGAGGGGGCAUAGCCAGGCCACCUUGCACAGUGCACUAACCCAGCCUGGGAUAGUGGGUGCUACAGGCAUUCCCUCCAGCCUAUGCCCAGGCUGGACUCACUGUGCUGCCACCCGCACGAGCCACAGCUGCUGCACUCUGGCCCAUUUGGGACUGGGGCAGCUGGGGGCCCCCUCCAGCAGACCAUGAGGGCUGUGGGUCAGGAGUGAGGGGCCCGGGUGGGGAGUGAGGGGCCCUAGGGGGUGGAGGGCUGUGCUCACCGGGUGCUGCUGGGCAGAGGGGCGAUCCCUAUUGCCCCAUGCUGCAUGGAGGGCUCUGCACGCCCCCCCAUGGGUGCCCUGCCUGGGUCAGCUCCAGCCCUUUAAGAAAAAAACCCCAAGAAGAGCCCUGGGAUUCACUGCUCCUGGUGUGGCCUUGGGGCUUCGAGAACUCGUGUAGAGCCCCCUGCGCAGCAACGGGGAUCACCCCCCAGCAGCAGGAGCAGUAUGUCCAGGGGUUUUUUAGGGUUUUUUUUCUGAAAGGGCAGUUGGCCUGGGCAGGGCUCCCAUGGUGGGGCUGGGAGACCAAGGGGGAGGCUCGUGCAGAGCUCCCCGUGCAGCGUGGGGCAGUGGGGGGCUGCGGGGGAUCAUCCCCUGACAGGCAGCACCCACUGUGUCAGGGCUUUUUUUUUUUUAACAAGUGCCGGCAGCUGGGGCAGCCAUUGCCAGACUAGGAGAGCCAAAUCUCUGAAUUAGAUUCGGCUGAAUCUAAUCAGGAUUCGAAUCGGCCGGAUCCGAAGCAAAUACUAGCCGCUUUGUGCAGGCCUACUUGGUAAGAAUCUUCUUGUUUUUAAGGUCUGACUGGAUCAUCAUUUAUGUAACAUCUUUGUUAGGAGGCCAUUUCUUUUUUGCCCCAGCUCCCUGAUAACAUUAACAGCUUCUAGGUUUGGCAGACCCACAUCACUACUACUAUAGCCCAUGUUUUAAGGGGAACUAAAGGGUGCAGCAUAAGCACUUCCUCUUUCCCUGGUUAUUGCCAGAACUGCACUGUCUACGACAUGAGACGGAAUGAUUCUUUGAGCAGACUGCCACCAUCUGAACUCUGUAUAGAGUUAGGCAUCUCAUUUUGUGUGGCAUUCUUAGGGUGCGUGCGAGAAUGAAAACAAAUUUUUUUGCCCAUCAAAAAUGUCAUCCUUUUAAAAUCUACAUUUUUUCCUCCAAGGUACUGAGUUUAAAGGGCUGGGUAGAAACUUUUUUUCAAGUUUUUAAAAUGUCAAGCUUUUCUACUACAGGGCAGUAGUUUUGAAGCUGUGAAAACAUUGAUAAUAGUGCCAACAUCGAUAAUAAACUGUGAAAACAAUACAUAGUGCCUUACACCCAUGAAUGUCGUGCAAUGGAUGCAACUGAUGCAGGACAGACCUACAGCCAACUACAUUAGCACUUGAAUUCCCCAUUCAUUACAAACCACUUCAUCUUUUCUUCCAAAGAGAGUGAGCCUCCUAAGGUGAAAAUAAACUGGCCGUUUCCAGAACAAAUAAUUAUUUUAACCCCUUUGAACUCUGUGAAUGUAAUAAAAUAUAAUUAUCACUAUAAAAUACUUUCCAAUGUCAUCUUUUGUGUAGAGCAGCGGUCUCAUCUCUGUUUAGUUGUUAAAAUACAGAAGAUGCUAAUAACAAGCCAUUUCAUGUGGGGGACAUAGCUGUUCUCAUGUGCAUAUGAAAAGGUGGACUUGCUGUUCUCCACUGAUGCCAUGUUAUGACCUAGCCUUGUAUGCUGUAUAUUAUGCUUCAUUUCAAUUAAUAUUUUCUGUUUGCUGUUAGUUUAAAUGUUACUAGCCUUGUAUAUUAAUAAAGAAUCAUUUUAACUA